AUGCACGACUUUCUCCGGCCUAUUGUUAUCUUCCUGGGGAGCAGCGUGUUGCUCGCAGGACACGCCCACGCGGAAGCUGAUCCUCUCGCGAAAGACCCCCAAGAGCCGCUGCGUGUUCCCCUAGAUAGGGCAAAAUACAGGGCAGCAUGUCCAGACUAUAAGAACUACGCGAUGCGGAACCACCCCCCAUACAGUUCUGGACCCAUGGAGCUGCCAUUCCAGCGCCCUUCGCGGCACUGCCGAACUUUCGAAUCCCCUCUAGUUGAGAAAGUAAUAGACGACAUGAAUGAGAAGAUGAUAGACAAGGACCUCGCGCGCAUAUUCGAGAACGCAUUCCCCAACACCCUAGACACAACCGUGCGAUGGCACGUCAACGGCACCGAGAAAAAGAAAAAGAAAACCACAGACUGGGUCACAGGGGGCAAGAAAGACGAGGGCAAAUGGGAAGGCGCCCAAAGCUUCAUCGUCACAGGCGACAUCAAUGCCGAAUGGCUGCGAGACUCCACAAACCAGCUCGCGCAAUACCAGCCCCUUGCGAAGAAAGACGCAGCCAUCAAAAGCCUAAUACUCGGCGCUAUAAACACACAAGUCGAGUACGUGAUCGGCUCGCCCUACUGCAACGCCUUCCAGCCCCCGCCCCCGAGCGGGCUCGCGCCCACCUACGGCGGCGGCGAAGACGAAGUGCACCCAAUUUACGAGCCCUCCUUCGUCUUCGAGUGCAAAUACGAACUCGACUCCAUCGCCCACUUCCUGCGCCUCGUCAACCAAUUCCAUGACCACACGGGCUCCACCGAGUUCCUGACCCCGCGAUGGUACCUCGCGCUCGACACGGUCCUCGAUCUGCUCACCCACCAGUCCGCGCCGACCUUCGACGAGAAAACCGGCGCCUUUGUCCGCAACGAAUACACCUUCCAGCGCCGCACCAACGCGGGCACCGAAACCCUCUCCCUCGGCGGCGUCGGCAACCCCCUGAACGGCGGCACGGGGCUGGUGCGCAGCGCGUUCCGACCCUCGGACGACGCGACCAUCCUCGGCUUCUUCAUCCCCGCGAACGCGAUGAUGGCCGUCGAGCUGAAGCGUGCGGCGGCGAUGCUCGAGCGCGCGGGCAAGAAGAAGCUCGCGGCGACGCUGCGGACGCGGGGGAAGGUGAUCGAGGCGGGCAUCUGGGAGCACGGCGUCGUCACACACAAGGUGUACGGCGAGGUGUUCGCGUUCGAGGUGGAUGGGUUCGGUUCGUCGAUACUGAUGGAUGACGCGAAUCUCCCGUCGCUGCUCGCGCUGCCGUUGCUGGGGUUUGUCAAGGCGAGCGAUAAGACGUACCAGAACACGCGGAAGAUGGUCCUUGAGAAGAAGGGGAAUCCGUACUAUCUGAAAGGGGAGUACUUCAAGGGGAUCGGCGGGCCGCAUAUUGGUCUCCAGCACGCGUGGCCGAUGAGCGUGCUGACGCAGGCGAUGACGAGCGAGGAUGAUGAGGAGAUUGAGGCAUGUUUGUUGAUGGUGAAGAAGGCGAGCGGGUUGGGGUUGGUGCAUGAGAGUGUGAAUGUGGAUUUGGCGGGGGAUUAUACGCGAAGCUGGUUCGCCUGGGCCAACUCGGUCUUCGCGCAGACGAUAUUGGAUCUCGCGACGAGGAAACCGGAGAUUUUGUUUGGGAAGGGGGCGGAGGCUUAUAUCGUUCAGUGA